AUGUCAUCAUUAUUAACAGCACAAUUAAUUCUUAAUGCUUCUGAACAAUUAACAAUCUACGUUAGUUUUAUUAUUUUAUUUUCUGGUGUUUUCGGACAUAUUGCCAAUAUCUUCGUAUUUACUCAUCUUACAAUUUUCCAUGGUAAUCCAUCUACUUUUUAUCUUAUCGCAGAAUCGAUUGCUGAUUUACUUGAACUGAUGAUUCCAUUUACAUCUCGUAUUGCAAUGACUGGAUUUAAUAAUGAUCUAACAAAGACAUCAUUACUUUGGUGUAAAUUAAGACCAUUAAUAUUACAAUCUAUAACUCUUGUUUCACUUAGUAUUAUUUGUUUUUCUGCUAUUGAUCAAUAUUUAUCAACAACUGAAAUUCUUAUUACUAUUGCAACUAUAUUUUGGAUCUUACAUGGUACAUCAGUUUUGUUCAUGUUUGAAAUCCAUUCAAAAUAUGGAUGUAAUACAUAUAAUCAGAAUUUUUUAAAUUAUAUCACAUAUGGUUACUAUGUAAUACUUACUGGAGCUUUACCAAUUACUGUUUCGACAUUUUUCAGUGUAUUAGCUUAUCGAAAUGUUCGGCAUAUCGUACGACGUCAAAUGACAAUACGUCGACGAAAACUUGAUCAACAAUUGACAGCGAUGAUUCUGGUACGAGUUGGAUUUUUUGCCGUUACGACAAUACCAUAUCUUUUACAACGGAUUUAUGCACUUAGUACGUUAACAAACGAUAGCAAUGUGAUUUCUCAAGCGAUUGUACAACUUAUAGGAACUAUUACUCUUUCACUUUCUUAUCUUAACUAUGCAGGUUCUUUCUAUUUAUUUUUAAUAUCAUCAACACGAUUUCGACGACAGGUUAAACAUGUUUUUAUCAACAAAUGUUGGAGAGUAUAUCGUAAAAAAAGACCACGUCAAAAUCAAGUUGGAACACUGACACAAUUUUCCGCUAGUGAAUAUGAUUUACAAUCAACUCAAUAA